AGCGAAGACAUUUUCGACCGAACACGGUGCCUGCCUUUCUGCGCGUAUCGAACUACGCUGGGCCGCUUCGUUUUUGUUUUUUUCGGGGAGACGGAAGCGAUUGUUAUCCUCUGUGCCGCCACGAAGCCCUCAAGAGAAACAGAUAAAGUACCAACCCCCAUACCAAAACACCAAUUCAUAGAGCAAUACGCAAUCUUCGUUCCAUAGAACGCACGGCACAUCCAUAGCAUAAAGUACGAACAAAGCAUCUUUCUUAGUCCCCCUUUUCUGGAAGACGAAAAAGAGCGUUUCUGUUUUUGCACUGGUUUUCACUGAAGACUAUCAUCAUCGAGGAAACGACCCACACUGACAGUGGGCACUCUAGCGACAAUAGCAACUGCUGCGGCAGUUUGAGCAGUCCUGAUCUACUGCGCAUGAUGGCCGCGUCGCCAGCCUUUCUGCAGCUGGCAAGCAGCGCCAUUGAAAACGAAAUUCGCACCUAUUUUCCCGACACCGCGUUGUACCGGCGUCUGUGCUGGGGCGGCCUCGACGGGGGUCGCGAGUAUUUACACCGUGAGUUUUCGCCGGACCCACGAACAGCUCGUAGAUGGGAAGCGAAAGUAAAAGAUUCCUUUUGCGGAGAAGGCGACACGAAGACAGCGUCGCUUGGGCAAUGCGCACGCACAUCAACGUCCCCACCGAGAGCUUGCCCGCCGCUAAAGCGGAGACGCACCAACAUCGUGGAGGAGCUCCAAAAAGGUCUCCGAUCGAUGGACAACACUGACCCAAGUGACGGCCGCCUGCCAGGUGCACUGCUGUCGAAGAAGCAGUCCGACGUCUCGCAAGUAUACCCACAAUCUUCUUCCGCGCAAGCUGAUUCUGCAGUGAACUCCGCCGUCACAUCUGCUCCUUUCGCGGUGACGUGCCAGCGCUGCACCUCACGUGUCACUUCCACCUAUCCAUGUCAUGUAAUGAAAGGCUACGUGGUACUGUGGGCAGAAUCCGUUGUGGAGGUGAGCUGCGUGCCGAAGCAGCAUCGUUUUUUUGACUCCGAAGCGGGUCCAAUGCAGCCGUUAUCGGCAUCAGAAACGGCAGCAACAGCUGUCACGGGGGAAAGCGGAAAGUACGUCAUAAAAUGGGGAAAGCCCGCGGGCAGCGCAGUGAGUUCUCUCCUUUUUCUUGGUUUGCGCCCUCUUCUGCGUCGGCGCACAUACACUGUCGCAUCAGCUCCACGCUGUGUGAGUGCCUUCGCCGCUGAAGUUGAAAGAGAGGACGUGAACAGGUGUAAAGUGGAGAAGCGGGGAAGAACUGCUACUGCCGAGACAUCGAAGCUGCCGUCGUACACCACGGGACACUUCACGCUUCACUCCCUGCACAUUGCCAACGACGACGCCGUCACACACGUGCGUCCGGCCUCGUUUGCUCUCCAGUCUGUCUUGCAGCCCGGCCUGCCAACGGCGCUGGAGUGCUACCCGCGCCACAUGAUUCAUUUCGGCCUGUUGUGCUUCGCGGCGUGGCGCGCAACACCCGAUAUGUGGCGUACUUUGAUGGAGGGCCGAAACGAAGGUGAGGAAAGCACGGCGACAGACCCCAACGGUCGAACAGAUAAGAGAAUCGGGAAGCCGUUUUUUUGGGAGAGUUUAGUGCCGCACUCCGCAGACGACGCCGUUCUCAUUCUUGGGCUUGGUGGCAAUGUGCUGGGCGCGUGCCUGGACGCGGUGCUGCCGUCUGUCGUGCCGUUGCACACCGUAGAAGUGGAACCCGCCGUUCUGCAGGCGUGCGAGGAGCACCACCAGUUUCCCCCGUGCGGUGCCUCUUCCAGCCCAGUGAACGGUGGCAAAAGGUCGACAACUGGCUUAAAAGGUACCGGUUCGAAGGGAGCAGCAACAGCAACCUCGGAAAGGAUGCGACCACAGCGUGUUCUUAUGACGUCGCCGAACAUGUGGCGCGAGAUGGUUGACCAGAUCGAUAAGGAGAGCGGAUCCUCGCUUGUCUUCGCCUCGCUUCGUCAAGGCAACAGAAUUCCAAAUUGUACGAACGCUUUGGGUGACGCCGCAAACCAAAGCUGGGAUAUAGAACAGGCAGUUCCGGGUGAAGGAGUGACCUCUUCAACAUGUGCGAAAGCAACCGCUUCGGGCAACGCGAGUCCUCCGGCGCUGGUACGACGUUCUGCGUCGCCUUGCACGGAGCAUCAUGGUGAAUACCUCUGCUUCCUGCAAGAUGCCUACGCCUUUCUUCGUCAGGCCCCACACGUCAGCGCAUCCCGAGAGCGUCCCAAAGCUCCUCUCUCGACGCCGUCUGGCGCGCCGCGCAACUCCUCAAAGAAAGGCAUGAAGCGAAACGCUGCUGCAACCCGAACCGGCCCUUCACGUGUUUCAUCCUUCUCUUUUCUGAAGGCGGCAGCACAGAAGAAAGCAAAAGAAUUACUGAAUGGUGAGCUGCGGAGCAACUCAGGUGCUCAAAUUUCCGUCCCUGCUGUGGCUUGCUGCACACCGGUGCAGUACAGCAUGAUCUUUCUCGACUGUUACGACCCCGAUCGAGAGCACAUGAUGCACGAGGGCGGGCUUAUCGAUUUAUGCGCACGGCGGCUGCGACCAGGAGGCGUGCUGCUCGUGAACGCACACGUGCUGCCUACUGCCGCGAACCUGGAGCGUGAUUUCCUGACGCGCGGCUUUGCGACGGUGCAGGCGCUACGCGUGUCUGGAUGCACGCAAACAGUGGUGGUGUGUGUAACGCCAGACGCCGAAAUGGACCAAAAAGGUGGCAAAACCCAAAGGGAAGAGAAGUGUGCUCGCUUUACGAUGCAUCAGCUACAGCAGCUAGCGCACCAGCUGAACGCGUUGUGUGUCGGCUCACCGCCCCCUUGGCAACACGCGACUAGACAAGCUGCAGCAACGCCUUCACAUGGGCUGCUGAGGUCUGGCUUUCUGCUGGAUGCGUCUUGGCUCAAAGCGUGCCGCCGCAUGUCUGUCUCACAGGAGACAAAGAAGAAGGACGCCGAAGUCGACUUCCGUGUGUGGCAGCAUUACUUUUAG